GUGACCAUGGCAGAUGGAGACAACGAUAUAGUCCUGAGUUUUAAUGACAGCUUAUUACGGAAAUCGGACUUGCAACUCCUUGAAGGUGAACACUGGUUAAACGAUAAACUUAUUGGAUUUUGUUUUGAAUAUUUUGAGAGAGAGAAGUUCAGCCAUUCUGCAGAUAAGCUAUGUCUUAUUAGCCCUGAUGUGACACAAUUUAUAAAGCUUUCUCCAGCCGAGGAGGUGAGGAUCUUUCUGGAACCCCUGAAUCUCAAGGUGAAGGAGUAUGUGUUUAUGCCUGUCAAUGACAACAGUAACCCUGAGGAUGCUGGUGGCACACACUGGAGUCUGUUGGUGUACAUCAGAUGUCGUCAGGAGUUCCGCCAUUAUGAUUCCUGUGGGAGUGCUAACAAGGAAAUCGCUAAGCAGUUGGCCUACAAGAUACAACCCUUUGUCUUAGCUCCUAGGGGAAGAAUGAAAGUUAUUGAAGCAGAUAGCCCCCAGCAGCAAAAUGGUUAUGACUGUGGCUUAUAUGUGAUAGCUACUGCGGAACACAAGUGUAAAGAACUGUGUGAGGGUUUCUGUGUGUCCCUAACGGACACUGUCAACAGCACUACAAUGAAAGAUAAACGACGGCAGAUCAUAGACCUCAUUCAAUGUGUUGCCUCAGAGUUUUCCGGUAGCUGACGUGGAAGAUUGACUAUAUUGCAUCUUCCAUCUGCAAAUUACCAAAUAUAAGGCUGUGUACUAAUUGUAGUACAAACAUACAAGUAAAAUCAGUGGACUGGUUAUUGAUGUGUGUGUUAUACUCAACUACAAACAGAUCUGUUGUAGACAUAAUGGUUACACUAUGUGCAGACUUAACCACAUAACUAUGAAUAUCUCUGGACACCAUAUAUGACCUCAACAAACCAGAUUUCUGAUCCUCAGAGCAUCUAUAGGUGUUAUAAUAAUAAUCCCUCAUAAUGUGCACAUGUUAUGAAAACAUGUGACUUUGUUAAUUCCAUGAAUUUUGGCUAUAACCUCUUCAUAUAUACAGAAAAGGUCAGAAGACUUGCAAAUGAGAUUAUUAUAGCUUAUGUGAAGUAGGUUCAUUUAAACUUUCAAAUGGAGUAAUACCAAAUUUAAAGGUGAUCGUGGUUCUGUUCAAAUGGAAAAUUAAGCAGUGAAAUAUUUUUUCAUGAAAUAUAGUUUUUGAUUAUUAUGCAAAAUCAGUUGGAAAUACUCCAAAGUAGUCAAAUGCUGAUGAAAUACCCGUUAGAUUGUGCAGCAGGACUGUAUCUAAUUUUAAAUGAUGAUAUAGUGAGGGGAUAAGAUUGUUGGUCUUGGGGUGUAAAGCACCUAUGAGAUAACUACCUUUUGACUUGGGAUCCCCUUAAUUUAUCAGGUUUGUAAUGAACAAAUUAUUUUAGUUUUAAUAUAUAAACAAAUGACAAUCAAGCGUAACGCAGAAAUUCACACCCCAAGAUAUACCAAAUGUUGUUGAUGUUUAAUUGUCUGACUGAUGAACUACAUAUACAUUAUCACUUCAUGUAAAUGAUCUUUUAUAAAGCAGAAUCUUAUCAACUUAGGAUUGGAAAUCAAUGAAGUAAAUUAUAUUAAGAUUUAAAGUCCAAAAGCAUCAUCCUGUGAAGAGGUUGCAAAAUUGCUCCGUAUUUAUAGCCAUUUUUAUAAUCACAUUAGAAAAUAUUUCCGACUGAGCUAACAUUCACAGGAGUUAAAGUAAAAGGUAGCCAACAUUAACUACACAGUUAAUUGGAGUAAAUUUUACAAAAUCUGAUUUUCAAUACAAACCUACAUAUUAUUUUAUGAAAGAGCUUGAAGGUACUAGAAAAUUUAUUAAUACAAACUUCUGGCAUAUUUGAAAAUCCUGCUUUUGCUUAAUUUACUGAUAGUUGGUAUCAUGUUAUUUGAUAUUUUGUCAUGAUAAACAAAUAAUAAAAUGAUAUGUUAUAUUAACCAACAUGAAACUAUGUUUCAUCAGUCUUUAGAAAUAAGCACUUUACUUAUAUGGACUUAGACCCAAAUUGAGCUGACUCCUGAUAUUGAAGUUGAUAUUAUUCAUUUUGCAGUAUUUACUAUUCCAUUGUAAACCAGGAAUGUAAAUAUCAAGUGAAAGUUCAUGUCAGUACAUGUAUGUUGUAUCUGAUGUACUUGAUAAACUUCGUCCAGUUAACCAGAUAAUUGUUUACAUUUCUACAAACUUAAUGUUAUGUAAACCUUGGUUUAGUAUAUAUAUAUGGGCGAGACCUGUGAUGUUCAUUGUUACUCAGAAGAAAUGGUGUGGCUGUGGAACUUUCAGUUUUGUUGCUAGGCUAUAAAGUAUAAUUUUCACAUUGUUAAAGCAGCACUACAAUUUAUAUAGUCAAGGGGAGAUAACACUGCUGUAGGGGAGUGUCAGUAUGGUUGUGAAAUGUAAUCAACUAGCUAUCCUUGUUAUUCGUAGCAUUACAUAUCACAGGUAAUUAGCUAUGCUCAUCCUGAUCAACUAACUUGUACAUAGCACAGCACAUAAUCACAAGAUGAACAUUUACCUGUAUGUAGAUCAAUAGUGUAUUUUAUACUGCUGGUGAAGGGUCAAGUUAUAUACAGAUAUAGGAUGCAUCAUGUGAAGGGUCUAGUUUUAUCUUACAGAUUAUUUUGGCGACAGGUAAUAGGUCAUAUUUGGUAGUAGUCUAAGGGAUGUAGUGAUCACAUGGAGUGAUUUGUUUACUACUGUAACAGUAAGUGGUAGGUUUUACUGGUGCCAGAGUGUUUACUACUGUAACAGUAAGUGGUAGGUUUUACUGGUGCCAGAGUGUUUACUACUGUAACAGUAAGUGGUAGGUUUUACUGGUGCCAGAGUUGUAGAGGACAGUUGAUGUCGCGGACAUGUUUGUCCAGAAGGCACCUAAUGAGAUGUGUUUGAACACUUUCAUUGGGAAUCUUGUGAGUGGUCUGGUUUGUGCACAUCUAGAGAUUAAUAGUAGACAUUAUAAUAGGACAAUACCCAUGUUCUAGAGGUGUUGAGGGUCAAUUAGCGGUGAUGAUUACUAAGUUAAAAUGGACUUUUGUUGAAAUUAGACAUCAUGGCUGGGUCCUAUCAAAGUUGUUGAGAAGUAUACAUGUGUUGAAGUAAAACUGACUCUGUUAUCCAAUUGUUGACAAAUGUUUGUUGGUCUGAUGUGUUAAAGAUGUUCCUAUCGAGCUAUAUAUACAUGUACUCAAGUUUCUUAUUUUUACAAUCUUUGUGUUUAGCUACACAGCAAAAUUAAUUUCCUUUCUAUUAAAUGAUUGUAUCCCUGAUGUUGACAAUAGUGUAUAUUAUUAGAAAGAAAACUUGAUUUGAAUGUGUUUUAGAUAAAUUGUUAUGUAUGUGAAAUGAAAACAGAUAUUCACAUGUAUAAUCAUUGUUCAAUUUCCUGUUAAAAUACUAUAUGAGCUGUAACAGUUGUAGUAUUGUUUAUUUUUUGCCAAUUCUGUACAGUUGAACCUGUCUGUAAAGACCACCCAAGAGGUGGCAGACAAAUGGUCACUAUAGAAAGGUUCCCUUUAUAGACAGGUUAAAAUUAUCACACCAACCAGUUUACGUGAAACAUGUAUUUGUAAAUUGAUAAGCAGAUUGACAAGUGAAUACCAUUGAAGCAAACACACCUGAUGGCCAAUAUAUACUGUUGGUAAAAUAGCAAUGUCCACAGACUAACAUAUUUUGCAAUUAAAUUCACCUUCUGUUAUUAACCCCAAAAUAUGAAACAGUUUUCCCCCCAAAAGUUUAUCAAGUUAUCACUUUUGCCAAAACUAUUUCCAGGAUAUACGUUAGAUUUAUUUAAAAUUCAGGGACUUAGAUUUUUAAAAUUUGUUUUCUAUGCUCAAGAUUUUAUUUUGUGUAUGUAUAGUGUGAUAGAAUAAGGUCAGUUUCAAUAAAUAUGAAGGUUGAACACCUUCAGACACCAAAUAGCAAUGUAAAAUUUAUACUGCCUCAGUAAUUAUGAACAUAUAUACAUAAUUAUAAGCCUGUGUUUGUUGAUUUUUCUUGCUAACUCUAAAAUGUGAUCAAACUACAUUAUUAUAUAUCGAAAAUUGGUUUCAUAUUGAAUCAUGUUGUUCUUCCUUGUAUUCUGCAAUGAAUUUUGAAUUUUAAUUUCUGCAGAAUUUCAUAGCACUUAUGAAUAGCACAAUAUGAAUUUGAAAUAGGCCUUUAAUGAUGGAUUACUUGUACUCUUUUCUAACAUGUGCCUUAUUUGUAUAUGCACGUAAAUAGUACUGCUCUUGGUACUAAUAGACUGCUGUCUUCUGUUAUAUUACCAUCUGUAUUAGAAAUCGUCUUUAUAUAAUUGGAAAAUUAUUUGAACAUGUAGUGAGAGCAUAUGAGAUCUGUUGCUACUGUCAAAAUAAAUCAUUUACAUAAUAUUGAUCAGUUCUUAAGAUUGAUAACGCUUUCAGAACUUUAAUAUUUAUUACUUUUAAUGCUGUGUGAUCACUGAAAAUAUUUGAAAAUACUGGUUAACAAUAAAUGUAUGCAAAAUUUGAA